UCUCUCUUUGUCUUUCUUUCUGCUCUCUGCCUGUCUGUCUGUCUGUCUUUCUGUCUACGUAGCUGUACAGCAGCAUGCCUGUAUGUUUGCCAGCAGCACAAGCAGAAGCACUAUGGAAGUGAAAGAGCGACGUCCAUACUGCUCACUCACCAAGGGCCGCAGAGACAAGGAGGGACCUUACACUGGUUCAUCAGGGGACAGUGAAGACUGUGCAAUUGGUUCCCAGGGACUCCGGGUCCCCACUCAGAAGUCCUACUCCUCCAGUGAAACACUCAAGGCCUUUGACCAGCACCAAGACCAGACCAGGUUGCUGUACGGGACGACAAAGGGAUACAAGGACAUGGUUCACCGUGAACAGGAUGAUUAUAACAGACAAGGUCAGCACUUCAGUCUCCGUCAGCUGGGAAUCUGCGAGCCGCCUUCACGUCGUGGCCUGGCGUUCUGCUCCGAGAUGGGCCUCCCCCACCGUGGCUUCUCAGUCGGCACAGGCCCGGACCUGGAUACCGACAGUCAGGCUGUGAUGUCGCCAGAGCGCGCCAUGAGGCUGUGGGGCCGCGGGGGUCUGGGUAAAUCGUCAGGGAGGAGUUCCUGUCUGUCCAGCCGCUCCAACUCUGUGCUGACUCUCACCGACACCGAGCACGAGAACAAGUCAGACAGCGACAAUGGUUCUCCAAUGCCCUCCCCCUCCUGUCCAUCACCUGUCAUUGACCAAUCACAUCCACAAUCAGCCAGUCCACAUGGCAACCUGUUGUUAGGCGACGUGGCUGAGCCAGAGUCAGAGGAAGAGGAGGAGGAGGAGGAGGAAGAAGAGGAAGAGGAGUAUGCAGCCAGAUUGUACUUACCUGUAACGCAUGAGCAACCAUCCAAUCACCACGGCUCCGUCCUGCCUCCGGUACCUCCCCCUCACCGCCAGCAGCCCUCAAUAACCGCUCUCAACCAAUCCCUGGGCUCCACGCACCACGCUGGCCAGUCACUGAAUUCAACGCGGCAGCUAACCCCUCCUACUGGAAGCCCGGCCCCUGUGGCCGGCCAAUCACCAGCCGAGCUGCAGACCACGCCCCCCGAGAGCGUCCCGCUGCAAGACAGCUGGGUGCUGGGUAGCAAUGUGCCUCUGGAAACAAGGCACUUCCUCUUUAAGACAGGUACAGGCACCACCCCCCUCUUCUCCACGGCAACUCCUGGCUACACUAUGGCAACAGGCUCAGUGUACUCCCCACCCACCAGGCCGUUGCCGAGGAAUACCCUGUCCCGCUCUGCCUUCAAGUUCAAGAAAUCCUCCAAGUACUGCUCAUGGAGGUGUACAGCCCUCAGUGCAGUAGGACUAUCUGUACUGCUCUCUGUCCUGCUCUGUUAUUGCAUAGCUAUGCACCUGUUUGGCCUAAACUGGCAGCUUCAGGAGAGCGAGGGAUAUGGAGCAUUUGAAAAUGGAGGAGGGGGAAGAGAUACAACUCCAAACACCUUCAUGGUGUCUACAGACAAUGGUAAAAUGUUUCUUCUAGAGAACAAUACCAUAGACACAGGAGAGGUGGAUGUGGGGAGACGAGCCAUACAAGAUGUCCCACCAGGUGUGUUUUGGAGGUCUCAGCUAUACAUUGACCAACCGCAGUUUUUGAAAUUCAACAUCUCCGUCCAGAGAGAUGCUCUUGUUGGGGUGUAUGGACGCAAAGGUUUACCACCCUCACACACGCAGUAUGACUUUGUGGAGCUGCUGGACGGCAGUCGCCUCAUUUCCAAAGACAAACGAGCGCUCAGUGACACCGAUGCAGGACAUGCACACCCAGCUGGUGCACACGAGGAAGAGUCUGGAGUAGGAGCCCGACACACUCGCUCAGUGAACGUGCACGAAGCUGGCUUCAUCCAGUACCUGGACACAGGAAUAUGGCAUCUGGCAUUUUACAACGACGGACGCAACACAGAACAAGUCUCUUACAAUACCAUCGCCAUAGAGUCGAUUAUGGAGUGUCCUCAAAAUUGUCAUGGAAACGGAGAUUGUCUCUCAGGAAUAUGCCACUGUUUCCCCGGAUUUCUGGGGCCUGACUGCUCUCGAGCUGCCUGCCCAGUGCUGUGCAGUGGCAAUGGCCAGUAUUCCCGUGGCCGCUGCCAGUGCUACAGCGGGUGGAAAGGCACCGAGUGCGACGUGCCAGCCAACCAGUGCAUCGACAUCCACUGUGGAGGACAUGGCAUCUGCAUUAUGGGUGCCUGCAUCUGCAAUACUGGUUAUAAGGGCGAUAAUUGUGAGGAAGUGGACUGCAUAGACCCCAGCUGCUCAGCCCAUGGUGUGUGUAUCCAUGGAGAGUGUCACUGUCAGCCAGGCUGGGGCGGAGCCAGCUGUGAGAUAGCCAAGGCCAUGUGUCCUGACCAGUGUUCAGGUCACGGCACCCACAAUGCAGAGACCAGCACUUGUACCUGCGACCAGAAUUGGACCGGGCCCGACUGCUCUUUAGAGGUGUGUGAAGUAGACUGUGGCAACCACGGCGUCUGUUAUGGCGGUGUGUGUCGAUGCGAGGAGGGCUGGACAGGAACUGUGUGUGACCAGAAGGCUUGCCACCCACUGUGCAGCAAGAACGGAGUGUGUAAGGAGGGGAAGUGUGAGUGUGACCAGGGAUGGACAGGGGAGCACUGCAAUAUUGCUCACAAUCCGGACAUUAGAGUAAAAGGAUAUAAAGAGGGUUGUCCAGGUCUCUGCAACAACAACGGACGAUGCACUCUGGAGGCCAGCGGCUGGCACUGCAUCUGCCAAUCAGGAUGGAGAGGGGCCGGGUGUCACGUAGCCAUGGAAACACUCUGCACUGAUGGCAAGGAUAAUGAAGGAGAUGGCUUGGCUGACUGUAUGGAUCCAGACUGCUGUCUGCAGCCCUCCUGUCAGAACCAGUUAUACUGCAAAGGGUCACCUGACCCAGGGGAGGUGCUCAGCCAAUCUCCGUCCUCACUGGCUCCUCAGCAAGCUGCCAGGUCUUUCUACCAGCGCAUUCACUUCUUAGUUGGCCCUGAAUCCACUCAUGUCAUCACUGGAGACAAUCCCUUCAACAGAAGCUUGGUGUCGAUAAUUCGAGGUCAGGUGUUGACAGCUGACGGGACACCUCUGAUUGGAGUCAACGUGACAUUUGUCCACUAUCCUGAACAUGGAUACACUGUAACACGCAAGGAUGGCAUGUUUGAUCUCCUUGCCAAUGGAGGGGCAUCCCUGACGCUGAGUUUUGAGCGUGCUCCGUUCCUCACUCAGUACAGAACUGUGUGGGUGCCAUGGAACGUCUUUUAUGUGAUGGACACACUGGUCAUGAAGAAGGAGGAGAAUGACAUUCCUAGCUGUGACCUGAGUGGUUUCAUCAGACCCAGUCCUGUCAUUGUUGCUUCUCCACUGUCUACGUUUUACAGAAGUUCAACUGAGGAUGGCCCCAUCAUACCUGAAACACAGGUUUUACAAGAAGAAACCUCAAUACCAGGCAGUGAUCUAAACCUGAUCUACCUGAGCUCCAGAGCUGCGGGAUAUAAACCGGUCCUCAAAGUCACCAUGACACAGUCAUCAAUACCUUUCAACCUGAUGAAGGUUCACCUGAUGGUGGCGGUGGUGGGUCGCCUUUUCCAGAAAUGGUUCCCGGCCCAACCAAAUCUGUCCUACACCUUUAUCUGGGACAAGACAGACGCCUAUGGUCAGCGUGUCUAUGGACUAUCCGAGGCAGUUGUGUCCGUGGGGUUUGAAUACGAGUCCUGCCUGGACCUCAUCCUGUGGGAGAAGAGAACGGCCAUUUUGCAAGGCUACGAGCUGGAUGCUUCCAACAUGGGAGGAUGGACGCUGGAUAAACAUCACAUCCUGGACGUGCAAAACGGUAUACUGUACAAGGGCAACGGUGAGAACAUUUUCAUUUCCCAGCAGCCCCCUGUCAUCAGCAGCAUCAUGGGAAAUGGACGCCGCCGCAGCAUCUCCUGCCCCAGCUGUAAUGGGCAGGCAGAGGGCAACAAGCUGCUGGCACCUCUGGCUCUGGCCUGCGGAGCAGAUGGCAGCAUCUUCGUUGGAGACUUCAACUACAUCAGAAGGAUCUUCCCCUCUGGGAAUGUUACCAGUGUCAUGGAGCUGAGAAACAAAGAUUUCAGACAUAGCAACAACCCUGCUCACCGUUACUACUUAGCCACCGACCCAGUAACAGGGCAGCUGUAUGUAUCGGAUACUAACUCUCGACGAAUCUACCGACCCAAGAUGCUCAGCGGUGCCCGUGACCUCAUCAGUAAUGGAGAAGUAGUGGCUGGUACAGGUGAACAGUGUCCUCCGUUUGAUGAAGCUCGAUGUGGAGACGGAAGAAAAGCUACAGAGGCACAGCUACUGGGACCUAAAGGGAUUGCAGUAGAUAGAAACGGUUUGAUCUACUUUGUGGACGGGACUAUGAUCAGAAAAGUGGAUCGUAAUGGAAUCAUCUCCACAGUGCUGGGCAGCAAUGACCUGACAUCUGCACGACCUUUGACCUGCGAUACCAGCAUGCACAUCAGACAGGUUCGUUUAGAAUGGCCCACAGAUCUUGCCAUCAACCCCAUGGAUAACUCCAUCUACGUCUUGGACAACAACGUUGUGCUUCAGAUCACUGAAAAUAGACAGGUUCGUAUAGUGGCAGGCCGUCCCAUGCACUGCCAGGUACCUGGUAUAGAAUACACUAUGGGGAAGAGAGCGGUCCAAACCAUGCUAGAGGGAGCUACAGCUAUUGCCUUGUCCUACAGUGGUGUCCUCUACAUCGCAGAGACUGAUGAGAAGAAAAUCCACCGCAUCCGACAGGUGUCGACAGAUGGAGAAAUUACCCAUCUAGCUGGAGCGCCAUCUGACUGUGACUGCAAGAACGAUGCCAACUGUGACUGCUAUCAGACAGGAGACGGCUAUGCUAAAGACGCGAGGCUUAAUUGUCCUUCCUCUUUGGUGGUGUCUCCGGAUGGGACGCUGUAUGUGGCGGAUCUGGGAAACAUCCGGAUACGAGCUAUACGACGCAACCAACCACCUACUGGCUCUCUGGCCUCAGGUCCCAGCUCCUAUGAAGUGGCGUCUCCAGCCUCUCAGGAGCUCUAUGUGUUUGAUUGGAAUGGGACUCACCAGUUCACCAUGUCUCUGGUCACUGGAGACUAUAAAUACAACUUCAGCUACAGCAAUGAGGAAGAUGUAACCGCAGUGACAGACAGCAGUGGAAACACCCUCCGUAUCCGUAGAGACACCAACAGGAUGCCUGUGCGUGUGGUCGCCCCUGACAAUCAGGUCAUCUGGCUGACCAUCGGGACUAACGGAGGUCUUAAGACUCUCACGGCUCAGGGUCAGGAACUGGUCUUGUUUAGUUACCAUGGCAACAGCGGUUUGCUGGCUACCAAGAGCAUCCAAAUAGGCUGGACCACCUUCUAUGACUAUGACAGUGAGGGUCGUCUGACUAAUGUGACUUUCCCCACCGGCGUGGUCACCAAUCUCCACGGCGACAUGUCGUCAGGAGCUGUUGCCGUGGACAUCGAGACGUCAGGGAGGGAUGAGGACGUUUCCAUCACAACCAACCUGUCAUCAAUAGACUCCUUCUACACUCUGGUGCAAGAUCAGCUUCGCAACAGCUACCAGGUGGGUAAUGAUCAUUCACUGAGGGUUAUCUACGCCAACGGGAUGGACACACAUUACCAGACGGAGCCCCAUAUUCUGGCAGGUGCUGCUAACCCAACUGUAGCCCGACGCAACAUGACACUGCCAGGAGAGAACGGACAAAACCUGGUGGAGUGGAGGUUCAGGAAGGAACAGACGCGUGGAAAAGUCAUCGUCUUCGGGAGGAAGCUCAGGGUGAAUGGCAGGAACUUGCUGUCCGUGGAUUAUGAUCGAACGCUGCGUACAGAGAAAAUUUACGAUGACCACAGGAAGUUCCUGCUGAAGAUCAUCUAUGACACCCAAGGCCAUCCGACACUCUGGGUUCCCAGCAGCAAGCUACUAUCAGUAAACUUGACAUACUCGAGUACGGGGCAGGUGACAGGCCUUCAGAGGGGUCCGACUACAGAGAAGUGGGAGUACGACAGUCAAGGAAGAAUCAUUUCCCGAGUCUUCGCCGACGGGAAGACGUGGAGUUACACUUACUUGGAUAAGUCCAUGGUCUUGCUGCUGCACAGCCAGCACCAGUACAUCUUUGACUAUGACUCAGGGGACCGUCUAUCAGCAGUCACCAUGCCCAGCGUGGCUCGACACACCAUGCAGACCAUCCGAUCCAUAGGAUACUACAGGAACAUCUACACCCCUCCAGAGAGCAAUGCCUCUGUUACUGUGGACUACUCUGAAGAUGGCCAGCUCCUCAGAGUUGCCCAUUUAGGCACUGGCCGCCGCAUACUAUACAAAUAUCGCAGACAGAACAAGCUGGCAGAGAUCCUCUAUGACUCAACACGGGUCAGCUUCACAUACGAUGAGACCGCUGGUGUGCUCAAGACCGUCAACCUACAGAGCGAAGGCUUCAUCUGCUCCAUCCGAUACCGGCAGAUCGGCCCACUGGUCGACCGGCAGAUAUUCCGCUUCAGCGAGGACGGGAUGGUUAACGCACGCUUCGACUACACCUACGACAACAGCUUCAGAGUCACCAGCAUGCAGGCUGUAAUCAAUGAGACACCUCUGCCGAUCGAUCUCUACCAGUUUGAUGAUAUAUCUGGGAAAGUGGAGCAGUUUGGGAAGUUUGGAGUCAUCUAUUAUGAUAUCAAUCAGAUCAUCUCCACUGCAGUGAUGACCUACACCAAACACUUCGACCAGCAUGGCCGCAUCAAGGAGAUCCAGUACGAGAUCUUCAGGUCUCUGAUGUACUGGAUCACCAUUCAGUACGACAACAUGGGCCGAGUCACCAAGCGGGAGAUCAAGAUUGGACCGUUUGCGAACACAACCAAAUAUGGUUAUGAGUACGAUGUUGAUGGACAGCUGCAGACGGUUUCCCUCAAUGAGAAGAUGAUGUGGAGGUAUAAUUAUGACCUGAACGGGAACCUGCAUUUGCUGAACCCAGGCAACAGUGGUCGGUUAACUCCUCUACGCUACGAUCUGAGGGACAGAAUCACCCGUCUGGGAGAUGUUCAGUACAGGCUGGAUGAAGACGGUUUCCUGAGACAGAGAGGAGCUGAGAUAUUUGAGUACAACUCCAAAGGUCUUCUAGUUCGUGUCUACAGUAAAGCAGCCAGCUGGACCAUCCAGUACCGUUACGACGGUUUGAGUCGGCGUGUGGCCUCAAGGAACAGCCUGGGCCAACACCUGCAGUUCUUCUACGCUGACCUGAACUACCCUACCAGGAUCACCCACGUCUAUAACCACUCCAGCUCUGAGAUCACGUCCUUCUACUACGACCUGCAGGGCCAUGUGUUUGCUAUGGAGAUCAGCAGUGGAGAGGAGUUUUAUAUUGCAUGUGAUAACACUGGGACGCCACUGGCUGUCUUCAGCAACAAUGGACUGCUGCUUAAACAGGUGCAGUACACAGCAUAUGGUGAGGUUUACUUUGAUUCCAACCCAGACUUUGUGCUGGUAAUUGGUUUCCAUGGAGGCCUGUAUGAUCCUCUGACCCGACUGCUGCAUUUUGGAGACAGAGACUACGACAUCCCUGCUGGAAGGUGGACGACUCCUGACAUCAGCACAUGGACACGUGUCGGCAAAGAUCCCCAGCCCUUCAACCUCUACAUGUUCCGAGGCAACAACCCCAUCAGCAAGGUUCAUCAGGUCAAAGAAUAUGUCACAGAUGUCAAUAUCUGGUUGGUCACAUUUGGCUUCCAUCUCCACAACGCAAUCCCAGGAUUCCCCAUUCCCAAGUUUGACCUGACGCAGCCUUCACUGGAGAUGAAAAAGAGCCAGCUGUGGGAUGACCUGCCUUCCAUCUCAGGUGUGCAGCAGGAGGUGACUCGUCAGUCUCGGGCCUUCCUGUCCUUUGAGCGCAUGCCAGAAAUCCAGCUCAGCCGGCGGCAUUCAGACCACGCCAAACCCUGGCUGUGGUUCGCCACUGUCAAGUCUCUGAUUGGCAAGGGAGUCAUGCUCGCUGUGAUCCAGGGCCGUGUGGUGACCAACGCACUCAACAUUGCCAACGAGGACUGUAUCAAAGUGGCUGCAGUCUUAAACAAUGCCUUUUACCUUGAAGACCUACAUUACACGGUGGAGGGGCGAGACACUCACUACUUCAUCAAGACCAGCCUGCCUGAGAAUGACCUCAGUGCGCUGCGGCUCACCUCGGGCAGGAAAUCACUGGAAAACGGUGUGAAUGUUACAGUGUCCCAGUCUACGACGGUGAUGAAAGGCAGAACGCGGCGCUUUGCUGACGUGGAGCUGCAGUACGGUGCUCUGGCACUCCACGUGCGUUAUGGGACGACGUUGGACGAAGAGAAAGCGCGAAUCCUGGAGCACGCAAGGCAGAGGGCACUGUCGAGCGCCUGGGCCCGCGAACAGCAGCGGGUGAGAGAUGGGGAGGAAGGAGUUCGGCUGUGGACGGAGGGAGAGAAAAGGCAGCUGCUGAGCAGCGGGAAGGUUUUGGGUUACGAUGGCUACUACGUCUUGUCCAUAGAGCAGUACCCAGAGCUAGCCGACAGCGCUAACAACAUGCAGUUCUUACGGCAGAGUGAGAUAGGGAGGAGGUAACACGGCAUCAACAGACGUCUAAUUUCUACCCCCUGUGACUGUCAGAGACUAACAAAGUUCAGUUUAACACAAAAUGGAUGUCACAGACUGAACUGUCUUGAGACUCAAAGUAGCCACUGAAGAGACCACAUGUUUGCAAAUUAGUUUUAUUGGAUGGUAAAAUAGGAUUUAUAGUGAACAGUCACUUCAACACAAAUGGCCCAAAACAUUACGAAGCUAGUUGUGAUGGUUUAAAACCGUUUUCAUGAGCCUUCAAGUUCAGUCUUUUGACCAAUGCCUUUUCUCUCUUUCUUUUUCUAUCUAUAUUUUCUUUCUUUCUCUCUUUCUUUCGCCCUGUCGUCUGCCUUUAAAAAGCCUGCACGCAUGCCCCUCCCCCUCUCUCUGGUAGGCGGGGCUAACCUGAGUGCUAUAAUCGUGUGCUAUCUAGCUGUGAAACAGUGGGAUGUAGAGACUCGUUCAAAUAGCCAACAGAGCAUUUCAGCAGCCAUCACAACUAGAUGAGCCCCCAAGCAUUUAGACAGUUGUAAACUGUCAGAGCAGUCAAUAUAACAAAUGUCUGUGGAUUCUUAACAGAUGUUGCAGGUAUCAUAUCUGUGUGGGUCCAGCUGUGACCCGUCGCUCUGGGUUAUAGGCCUCUAUGAGCCAUGUCUAUAGGAUCUAUUGUUUUCAUGGCUGAAGCCAUUGAAUGGAACUGUUGUGGACUCUCUCUAAGAGAGACAGGCACAAAAAAGGACUACAAUUUGUACGAAGGAAAAAAAAGACUUAUUUUCUGUUUGGAUUUUUUGUUUUGUUUUUAUAUAUAAACUUGCAUUUGCUUCAGACAAAAAAGGGGAUAUAAAAAUGAACAAAAAAAUGUUUACAUACUAUUACCUAUACCACUAUUACUACUAUUACUACACCACCAACACCACCACUGGAAUGGACCAUGACCUGAACUGAACAAAACUUUGAGUUGUGUUUUUGUUUCCUUCUUAUCUAUUAUCUGUUUGGUCAGUUCUAAAACCACUCCUUCUCAUCCCCUGGUCUUUUACAAGGUCUAUAAAAUCGUACAGUUUCAGACUACAAUCAACAGCGGUCUGUGAGGAAACAGGGCAACCACGGUGCCACGGCUGUUUCUGAUUCUUUGUGGACCGAGUGGGCUCACUGGUCCUGAAAAACACUGAUCCCCUAUCAGCCCAGGAGUCCUCCACUUCUGCAAAAUGUGACUCAGCCUCAUAAUGCAUAGACCUUGUGCUUUUAUCGGUCAAAGGUAGUAGUAUUGCUUGCAAUAGAAACAUGUUGUCAUGGCUUUUGGGGGGGCAGGGUUGCUGUGAGUAGUAACUAAUUGUUGCUUCUCUCCUCGUUUUUGCUCGUUUCUCCUUAAAGGGACAGUGCAUCGCCAUCAGUGACUUUAAUGAGUAACAGUAUAGAUCAAAAAUCGAUGUGGAUGUUUUCUCAUUGAUUGUGGGUCUCUGUACUCGUAUAGAGGAGUUUUCUUUGUGUGUAUGUGUGUUUACAAGGUUGGGAAGGCAUCUUUAAUCAUUUUAAAGGAAAGAACAGGAACUUUACACAGAGUGUUAACAUCAUAUGCUACCAAUCUUUUUUCAGAGACAAGUUGACAAUGUUUUAUGGGUUGAUCUUUUUUAUUUUGAAGGUUGAGAAAUUCCACUUAUCCGUACAUCAAUAUUAGUCUCAGAGAAAGUAAUUUAUGUACAGUGUUUCUACGGUAAAGAAUAAAAAUCCUUGAAACUA